GUUUAAACAGGGAAGAGGAAUACGGUUAUCAAGAGUCAACAAAACAAAGCAAGGCAGCGUUAAUCUUUGAAGAUGGACUGGCUUAAAGCUCAGAGCAGAUUGACGCAUCACCCUGACAUUUCCAGUGACGUAGCAGUGAUGUCAGCUGUCGGAAUAAACACUCUAUAAAGGCCUGUUUCCAGGCAGCUCCUGUGCAGGACAGACGCAGACACCUGGGACAGCUGUCAGUCAUAACAGGAGGCUCCUCAGCUCAUUCUUCGCUCUGCAUUCACGUAAGAGAGGACUCUCAGGACCAUGAACAUUUCUGUCAACCCCACUACCCCCACCAAGGUGACCGGGGGACCCACCACUCCCAGGAAAGGCCCCCCCAAGUUCAAGCAGAGGCAGACGCGGCAGUUCAAGAGCAAGCCCCCCAAGAAAGGAGUGAAGGGCUUUGGUGAUGAUAUUCCUGGGAUGGAGGGACUGGGAACUGAUAUCACGGUCAUCUGCCCCUGGGAGGCAUUCAGCCAUCUGGAGCUGCACGAGCUGGCGCAAUUCGGCAUCAUCUGAGCCUGCCCUUGAACCCCGGGACAGGACGUUCCUUGUAGACACCCUGCCACUCACUUCCCACUGCAGCUGACUCACACUAGAAGCACAACUCUCCUUUGGAACCUGCCUGGAGCAGACCGGCGAAUCGCAGGAAGCGGAGCCUGCAGUCUGACAAUCUUCGGGCAGAGGAAACCUUUAACCAGCUGGUGCCCACAGGGGGGUGUGAUAGGAGAUCUGGAGACUGAGGGAAAAACACCCUUCAAGAUUCCUACAAGACGGAGCUCUAACCAACUUGGUGACCAGCCUCUGAAUCUUUAUUUUCCGACACGUUUACAAAGCACAUCAAGUAGCCAAAUGUACUAUACAAGUGCUGCACAGGAAUCUUAAAGGGAUUUUCCCUUUUUUUGUGAGGGAAAUAAUAGGAUCCUUGUGUUACUUUCUGAACAUUGUUUUUUUUUUAAAUUAAAACUGUGCAAGCGAACUUAAUACCAGAUCUGUAGCUGUGAUAACCAUGCGCAUGAGUAAUUUACAUUUUCUUGCGUAUCUGAGUAUGACAUGUAACCAUUUGAUUGAGUCAUGAUCCUAUUUUGAAUACACUCAGUAGGUGUGACUUCAAUAUGUACUGGCUGUAGAGAUAGUACACCUGUUCUUCUGUUGCUGCAGACUGUUCUCUCUGGACUAGCAAACCUUCACCUUUCUCCUUGUGCUGUCAAUUGUACUUAAAUGUUAAAUUAAACCUUUGAUCUCUCUGUAAUCCAUUUCCAGACUCUUGCUGCUGCUCUUCUGUUGUAGUUUUCUGACCUCUCUCCAUUAAUAAAGC